CAUUAAGCGACUACAGAUAAUAGUUUCUUUUUAAACUGUCAUCGACCCAAAAGGCUCCAUGCUUUUAGUCGCGGGUUCCCUCCCCGGUCUAUCCGUACUGCGUACCUCCGAAGGAUUCGGUAUACGCCUUUCUUCGCAGAUAUCUUGUCAAGUCGAUUACUUUACAAAUCACCAAUCAUGAUCCGAAGCAAACUCACUGAGGCACAGAACACAACAGAUGUGGAGUCCCGAAACUUCGACGGCCUGUGGUCAUGUCACUUUUGCUUCUCCGCUUUUCAGCGAUACGAUCAUCUUAAGCGCCAUAUAGCUACACACACAUCAGAAAGGCCCUAUCGAUGUGAGUUUUGUGGCUCGCCGUAUAAACGAGGGGAUGCCCUGCGGCGCCAUUGGAAGUCAUGUUCCGCUCGGAUAGCAUCCGGUCAGUGUAUACCAGAACCACGCCAUGGUGGCAAGGAAAAGCACGCGUGUGAUGGCUGUGCAAAAGCAAAAAAGUCAUGUAGUGGAGAGCUGCCGUGCUCGGAGUGCUGCACCCGCAACCGAAUAUGCACUUACCAACGUCUCCACCAAAGGGAGGAAGUGACCUUACAACGUGGAUCUAGCGACUCGAGUCAGGAACAAAGCCCACCGAUCGACAAGCGUAGCUUGAACCAUUCGACCUGGGAUCUUGGGCUCCAAACCUUCUACCCAGGCAGAGACGCUUGGUUUGAAGCCUAUGGCCGUUUAGUUAACUCAGGGAGAGUACCAUCCAUGCCAGACCCUGGAAGGCUUCGAUAGCAUAUGUUCAUUCUGGACAAUGUUUAAGUUUGCCCAAAGAGAACAGAAUUAUUCAAAUCCUACACAAAACGAAGCCGAUUCGCCGAUAUAAACUAAAAAGGUCAAGCUAAAAUGCCAUGUCUACAAAGAAUAUACGUUGCAUCUUGCUCGGCACCUGUCAAUUCUUGAGUUGUCUCUGCGUUUAUUGUCCUGCCGAUGAACUCCGCAAGCAUUGACCUCUUCUUCGGCGCUUU